AUGAACCAGAAAUUAUUAAAUGACCUAGAAUCAGCUGUAACAGACAGCAGUCAAAAUCAAAGAUAUGCAGAAAAUCCAAUAAAUUCCUUUCAUCUGCUUGGAAGAUUUGUAUACAAAUGGCCAGUCGUUUACAGUAACAUAUUAUGUGCAGAAUGUAGACUAGAUGAUGCUGCGCUAUAUUUAAAUACAACAUAUCAAAUAGUUAGUACACACAUCGUUCACUGGCCAGGGGAAUACGAUGUAAAAGCAUCAGCACAAGCCUUAUUACGCCUCCGAACGUUUUAUUAUUUUAACAUUGACAAAGCUAUCAAUGGUGUUCUUUUUGAUGACCAUUGUCAACCGCUUAAUCCAUCACAAGUACUGAAGAUUAUAAGAAUCGCCAUAGACAAUAGUUUGCUAAACGAGGCGAGGCUAUGGUGUGAAGCUCUACUGCGCAGGCUACCGUUUACUUCAUAUCAAGACGAAAAUAUCAAUGAAUUGGCUAUCCAUAGAUUUUUGGCCGCUAUAUACAAUCAGGCUGGUAUGCAUAAAAAAGCAGCAGACAUUUUGUUACAAUUAACACAGUCUGGACACUCUGAAGUCGACCAAGAGUAUGAAUUUUAUAAAACCAGUAUCAAUGAAACAGAUGAGAAACAAAAUAUAGCACUGACCAAAGAGGAAUAUGAUAAUCAUUAUAAACAGUUAUGCAGAGAAAAUAGAAAAUCUCCACAAGAAUAUUCCAAACUGUACUGCUUUUCCAGUGUUACAUCUAUACCAUACUAUAAUGCUAAGGUAGAGAUAGCACAUCUCCAACCAAAGAUACUCUUAUUUCAUGAUGUUAUAUCAGAGACGGAGGCAGCCUUUCUUCGACAAGAAGGUAGCAAAAAGUUCACAAGAUCAACUGUUGUCCGCACAGGGAAUUAUAGAACGGUAGCUGACUCAAUACGAAUAAGUCAAACAGCCUGGUUGUAUGAUGGACCUGGAAUAGUUGAAAAAACGACCCACAGAGUUGGCUUACUUACAGGCUUAGCCACAAAGUCCUCGCCACGUUUCAGCAAUACAGAAGCUUAUCAAAUAGUUAAUUAUGGAAUAGGAGGAAUGUAUCACCCACACCAUGAUGCAUUUGAAAAACCUUUAUGGGGUCCGCCAAAUAAAAAUGACCCACUGGAGUUGAUAGGAACUGGUGACAGAAUAGCGACCUGGAUGUUCUAUUUAAAUGACGUUAAAGUAGGUGGCGCCACAGUAUUUCCAAGUUUAAAUGCUAGAGUUCCUGUUAAAAAGGGCUCGGCUGCUUUCUGGUAUAACUUACUUCCAAGUGGAGAAAAUGACCAAAGAGUAUUACACGCAGGAUGUCCUGUUGUUAUUGGUUCUAAAUGGAUUGGUAACAAAUGGAUACGUGAAGGUGGCCAGAUGCGUCAGAGACCUUGCGAUCUUAACCCGUAACAGAAACUAUUCUAUAUGUGGACCUUGCGAUCUUAACCCGUAACAGUAACUAUUCCAUGUGUGGACCUUGUGAUCUUAACCCGUAACAGUAACUAUUCCAUGUGUGGACCUUGUGAUCUUAACCCGUAACAGUAACUAUUCCAUGUGUGGACCUUGUGAUCUUAACCCGUAACAGUAACUAUUCUAUAUGUAGACCUUGCGAUCUUAACCCGUAACAGUAACUAUUCCAUGUGUUGACCUUGUGAUCUUAACCCGUAACAGUAACUAUUCUAUAUGUAGACCUUGCGAUCUUAACCCGUAACAGUAACUAUUCUUUAUAUAGACCUUGCGAUCUUUACCCGUAACAGUAACUAUUCCAUGUGUGGACCUUGUGAUCUUAACCCGUAACAGUAACUAUUCUAUAUGUAGACCUUGCGAUCUCAACCCGUAAAAAUAACUGUUCUAUUUAAAAUGCUUCAGAGUCUUUGCGAUCUUAACCCGUAACAGUAACUAUUCUAUAUGUGGACCUUGUGAUCUUAACCCGUUACAGUAACUAUUCUAUAUGUAUACCUUGCGAUCUUAACCCGUAACAGUAACUAUUCCAUGUGUGGACCUUGUGAUCUUAACCCGUAACAGUAACUAUUUUAUAUGUAGACCUUGCGAUCUCAACCCGUAAAAAUAACUGUUCUAUUUAAAAUGCUUCAGAGUCUUUGCGAUCUUAACCCGUAACAGUAACUAUUCUAUAUGUGGACCUUGUGAUCUUAACCCGUAACAGUAACUAUUCUAUAUGUGGACCUUGUGAUCUUAACCCGUAACAGUAACUAUUCUAUAUGUAGACCUUUCCAUCUUAACCCGUAACAGAAACUAUUCUAUAUGUAGACCUUGCGAUCCUAACCCGUAACAGUAACUAUUCUAUAUAUAGACCUUGCGAUCUUAACCCGUAACAGUAACUAUUCCAUGUGUGGACCUUGUGAUCUUAACCCGUAACAGUAACUAUUCCAUGAGUGGACCUUGUGAUCUUAACCCGUAACAGUAACUAUUCUAUAUGUAGACCUUGUGAGCUUAACCCGUAACAGUAACUAUUCUUUAUAUAGACCUUGCGAUCUUAACCCGUAACAGUAACUAUUCUAUAUGUAGACCUUGCGAUCUUAACCCGUAACAGUAACUAUUCUAUAUAUAGACCUUGCGAUCUUAACCCGUAACAGUAACUAUUAUAUAUGUAGACCUUGUGAGCUUAACCCGUAACAGUAACUAUUCUAUAUGUAGACAUUGUGAUAUUAACCCGUAACAGUCACUAUUCUAUAUGUAGACCUUGCGAUCUUAACCCGUAACAAUAACUAUUAUAUAUGUAGACCCUGCGAUCUUAACCCGUAACAGUAACUAUUCUAUAUGUAGACCUUUCGAUCUUAACCCGUAACAGUAACUAUUCCAUGUGUGGACCUUGUGAUCUUAACCCGUAACAAUAACUAUUCUAUAUGUGGACCUUGUGAUCUCAUGCAAUCCGUAACAGUAACUAUUCUAUAUGUAGACCUUACGAUCUCAAACCGUAAAAAUAACUGUUCUAUUUAAAAUGCUUCAGAGACUUUGCGAUCUUAACCCGUAACAGUAACUAUUCUAUAUGUGGACCUUGUGAUCUUAACCCGUUACAGUACCUAUUCUAUAUGUAGACCUUGCGAUCUUAACCCGUAACAGUAACUAUUCUAUGUGUGGACCUUGUGAUCUUAACCCGUAACAGUAACUAUUCUAUAUGUAGACCUUGCGAUCUUAACCCGUAACAGUAACUAUUCCAUGUGUGGACCUUGCGAUCUUAACCCGUAACAAUAACUAUUCUAUCUGAAAUGCUUCAGAGGCUUUGUGAUCUUAACACGUAACAGUAAAUAGUCUUUUACAAGCAUCAGUAAGCAAAUUACAAUUAUGUAGACCAUCAAGUUGACAGUUUUAAGAUUAUCUACUUAGGAAAGAUUAAAAAGAGAUUUUAUUUCGGAAAUUCCAAGUUUCCAUUUCAUAAAAAUCAGUUGAUAAUAGUGAUAUUAAUGACCACCUAUCAUCUGAUAUGAACAAUUUUGUUUUGUUUUGUUUUUCCUCGAUAUGUCGGAGUUCUGACAUGACACGUGCAGAUUUUUUGUAUAAAUGUUGAUAUACUCUAUCAUAAAAGAGUUUCCAAUUAAAUAUGAAGUCCGAUGUUUUGUUUCGUACCAAAUAUUACCUGUUAACAUUUGUAUAAGUUGUCAAUGAAUUUUGUCUACAUAAAUGGCAACUAUUCACAUACAUAAUUAACGGAUAGUAUCAAUUGUAUAAGUAAGUAAGUAAAUUAUUUAUUAUAGUGACAUGUUUCACAAAAUUUAUAAUACAAUGAUAUAUAAAAACAAUAAUUAGAACACCCGACCCUUUGGGUCUAUAAGUCACUUUAAACAUAGAUUUCAAUGGUACGACGAACAAAAAUAAAUAAAAUGUUAUCGAAAAUGUUCAUAUAAAAAGUUUUUUCUCUUAUUGAAAGCUUCCAAUAGAUAUUUAGCAGUUUUUCUCGGGUUUUGACAUAGUAAAUAUUUAAACUGUUCUUCAUUUGAAAGUAUACAUAAAUUGUCUAUUUGAGAGAAAUGUUGCAGUCGCAGAUUGUUAUAAAAGUUACAGUUGAUAAGGAAAUGAAAUUCGUUUUCCACACAGUUAUCGCUACACAUUUUACAUAAACGGUCACAUUCGUCUUCACCUACAAAACGACCAGUUUCUAACCUGAGUGGAAGAAUGCCACACCUGAGUUGCGCUAUUAUGGAUCUUUCAGUACGGUUAAGAUUAAGUUCAAUGUA